CCAUCUUCAGUCAGUUUCACUGGGAGUCUUUUGGGUCCCUGCAAGGAGGAGUCACACCAUCCGACACACCACUCCCUUUGUCUGCAAUGACCUAAAACCUUCGGCUCUGUGAGGCUGCAAGAAAGCAGGCAUGCAGUGCAGAACAGAGCUGGACCAUUUACGCCUCGUCCAGGGAGGGAUGUAGAUUUUGCUUUUCCUGACGACUGGAGGAUGUGUCGGCGCAUCACUCUAUCAUAGCCGCAUCUCAGAAAAUCACAAACCUUGCGUUUUCUUCACUGUGGACUGAUUCUACAAGAGACUAGAGACAGAGCCUCUGGAAAAGGAUCAGAGGCUGUUAGCCUGCCACUCUCUUUCUUUCUCUUUCUCUGAUAUUGCUGUGCCAACACAACCCACCAAGAUGUGCGACUGCUUUCAUCUAGUACUUCCUAACUGGCCCGGAUCUCCAGCCAGUGCUUCUGGCAGACAACUGAGGCCGGAGGACACGGAGGCAGAUGGAGAGGCCGAUGUGGAAGAUGAUUCUAUCAAUGAUGAGGAAGUGACAGCUGAAAAUAUACGACCAAGACCACAGGGGUCUUCUCCAGUUUACGAAUACUGCAUAGACGACGAAUAUUUUAACAAAAAGCUUCAACAAGAUAGGGAGAACAGACAAAGAAGGGAUUCUUCUAUCAAAAUGAGUGAAUCACAGGAAUCUAUGGAGGUGACCUUACAAACAGAAGUGGAAUCUGGAGCAAGUGGAUUUAGUGUGGCUGGUGGCGGAAAUGAAGGGAUAUUUGUGAAGCAAGUCCUCAAGGAGUCUCCAGCAUCAAAGGUCUUCAGUCUAAAAGAAGGUGAUCAGCUGUUGAGUGCCACAAUCUUUUUUGAUAAUAUCAAAUAUGAAGACGCACUCAAAAUUCUGCAGUAUUCCGAGCCAUAUAAAGUACAGUUCAAUCUUAAAAGGAAACUCACUGGGAAGGAAGAGCUGGAAACAAUGUAUUCUGCAAAACAAUCCAAAAAGGAAAAACUCAUCCAGGGAAAGGAAAUUCUGGAAAUAUCUGAGAAGACAAUUUCAGAAGAAGAUAAAGCAAACUUGAUUGUAAAGCAAAGAGUGGGGAGGCCAAAAAGAACCAAAAAGGAUAGACUUUCUUGGCCAAAAUUCCAAUCCAUGAAAGGUAAAAAGAUUUUGGGCCACAGAAGAUCUCGUAGCACAUCAGAUGCCUAUGAGCAUACCAUUCCAGAUAUCUCUCCAACAAGUACAGAUACAGAAUCCCAAUUUCAACAUGAAGAACUCCAUGCAAAGAUUAAAAAAGGAAGUCAAAAGAAACUAAAAUUUCCUAGUAUAGGGUUCAAAAUGUAUAAAAGUAAACAAGAAACCGAGGAGAGAUCAAAAUAUGAAGUAAAGCCACUUACUGAAUUUGAACAUGACAUUUCUGGAGAAAACACAGAAUUAAUCACAACACAAUACUCUACUACGUGGGAUGAACAUAAGCAGAAAGAAGGGAAAGAAAAGGAUGCAAUACUUAUGAUGGAAACAAAACCUGAAUUACAACACCUUCCCAAAAAAUACCCUGAAGUUGAACUAACUAUUAAAAAAACAAAGGACAAGAAACUGAAAUCUGAAAAAGCUACAACACAAACAGAAACUGCAAUAAUAACAUCACAAAUAAUGUCAGCACUACAAACAAAUGAAGGGGAACCAAAGGUGGCAACACAACCACCUCCAAAAACACGAAAAAAGAAGCACAAAGGAUCAAAAGAAAAAAUUGAAUUAGAGAUUGAAGGCGAAAAAGGAAAAAAACAAAAACAAGUAAUCAAGGAAAAAAAUACAGAAAAAAUAAAAGAAGAUUCAAACAUUAUAACACCUCCUCAUAUGAGGGCAAAAAUAUCUGAAGCUACCUGGGAUGCUACAGGCCAGGCUUCCGUUGAACUGGAAACUCCAAAACUACAAAUGGGGGCAUCUUCAGCCCAAAUAGCUCUGGACGGUGCCGAAGUUAGGCUGGAAGACAUGGACAACAAGUUCAAAAUGCCAAAGUUUCACAUGCCAAAGUUUGCUGUGUCCCUUUCAAAAGAAAAAGCCACUCUAGAAGAGGACACUGCCCUAUCUUCUGUGGAUGUUGAAGUCACUAAACAAGAAAUGAAAGCUGAUGUGACUCUGCCCUCGGUCAGAGUUGAAGAAGACAUUAGGUUGCCCCAUGCAAAGACUGAAGCACCGAGCUUGGAAGUAGAGGUUGGAGAAAAAGGAAAAUUGAAAAUGCCAGAUGUCAUGAUACCCAGUGUAAAAAUGACCAAGGGAAAGAUGAAGGUAUCGGAACCAGAGGUCUCCAUCAAAGUUCCUGAGGCAGAAGGCAGCAUGGAGAGUGGAGGAAUGAAAAUUCACAUGCCAAAGUUCAAGAUGCCCAGCAUGGGCCUCUCCAAACCAGAUAUCAAAGGUCCCAAAGUUGAUGUAGACAUUAGCCCUCCUAAAGUGGAUGUCACGCUUUCCUCAGCAGAUCUCAGCAUUAACAAACCAGAGCUGAAAACAGGUGACCUGCAGACAGACAUCACCAUCUCAGGCCCUGAUGUCCACAUUCCUUCAGGCAAGGUUUCCUUGGAGACGAAAGCACCAGAAUUACAAUUGGAGGCACCUGCAGCACAGAUUGCUCUAGAUGGCACUGAGGUAAAGCUAGAAGGUGUAGAAGGCAGGUUUAAAAUGCCAAAGUUCCACAUGCCAAAGAUUGGUGUGUCCCUUCCCAAAGGAAAAGCAACUGCAGAAGGUGAAUUUGCCUUGCCGUCUGCAGAUGUUGAAGUCACUAAGCCAGAACUAAAAGCUGAUGUGACCCUGCCCUCAUUUGGAGUUGAAGGUGACAUUCAGCUGCCUCAGGCCAGGAUCAACGUACCAGACAUGGAGGUUGAAGUUGGAGAGAAGGGAAAAUUCAAAAUGCCAGAUGUCAAGAUGCCCAGUGUCAAAAAGCCGAAGGGCAAAACUCCACAAGUCGGAGUAAGUCUGCCUAAGGUGGAAGCCGAGGUCUCCCUUCCCAAAGGCAAGACAAAGCUACCAGAAGUAGAGGUCUCUGUCAAGGAUUCCGAGGCAGAAGGCAGUAUAGAUGGUGGAGGAAUGAAAAUUCACAUGCCAAAGUUCAAGAUGCCCAGCAUGGGCUUCUCUAAAUCAGAUGUCAAAGGUCCCAAGGCUGAUGUAGACCUUAGUCUGCCUAAAGUGGAUGUCACACUCUCCUCAGCAGAUCUCAGUAUUACCAAACCAGAGCUGAAGACAGGUGACCUGCAGACAAACAUCAGCAUCUCAGGCCCAGAAGUCCAUGGUCCUUCAAGUCAGGCUUCUUUGGAACUGAAAGCACCAGAAUUACAAAUGGAGGGACCUGCGGCACAGAUUGCUCUAGAUGGCACCCAGGUAAAUCUAGAAGACAGGUUUAAAAUGCCCAAGUUACACAUGCCAAAGUUUGGUGUGUCCCUUCCCAAAGGAAAAACUGUAGAGGGUGAACUUGCCUUACCGUCUGUAGAUGUUGAAGUCACUAAGCCAGAACUGAAAGCUGAUGUAAUUCUGCCCUCGGUCGGAGUUGAAGGUGACAUUAAGCUGCCCCAAGCUGAAAUCGUAUCACCGAGCUUGGAAGUAGAGAUUGGAGAGAAGGGAAAAUUCAAAAUGCCAGAUGUCAAGAUGCCCAGCGUCAAAAUGCCGAAGAGCAAGACUCCACAAGUUGGAGUCAGCCUGCCCAAGGUGGAAGCUGAUGUCUCUCUUCCCAAAGGCAAGAUUGAGAUCCCGGAAGCAGAGGUCUCUGUCAAAGUUCCCAAGACUGAAGACAGCAUGGAGGAUGGAGGAAUGAAAAUGCACAUGCCAAAGUUCAAGAUGCCCAGCAUGGGCUUCUCCAAAUCAGUUCCCAAAGUUGAUGUAGAUCUUAGCCUGCCAAAAAUGGAUGUCACACUUCCCUCAGCUGAAUUCGGCAUUACCAAACCGGAGUUUGAAACAGGUGACCUACAGACAGAUAUCAGCGUAUCAGGCCCUGAUGUCCACAUACCUUCAGGUGAAGCUACCUUGAAAAUGAAAGCACCAGAACUACAAAUGGAAGGACCUGCAGCACAGAUUGCUCUCGGUGGCACUGAAGUAAAGCUGGAAGGUGUAGAAGGCAGGUUUAAAAUGUCAAAGUUCCACAUGCCAAAAUUUGAUGUGUCCCUUCCCAAAGGAAAAACAACUGCAGAGGGUGAACUUGCCUUGCCAUCUGUAGAUGUUGAUGUCACUAAGCCAGAACUGAAAUCUGAUGUGACCCAGCCCUCACUUGAAGUUGAAGGUGAGGUUAAACUGCCUCAGGCAGAAUUUGAAGCACCAAGCUUGGAAGUAGAAGUUGGAGAGAAGGGAAGAUUCAAAAUGCCAGAUGUCAAGAUGCCCAGCGUCAAAAUGCCCAAGGUCAAGACUCCACAAGUGGCAGUAAGUCCGCCCAAGGUGGAAGCCGACAUCUCCCUUCCAAAAGGCAAGAUUGCGCUACCAGAAGCAGAGAUCUCUGUUAAGGUUCCCGAGGGAGGAGGAAGCAUGGAGAGUGGAGGAAUGAAGAUUCAAAUGCCAAAGUUCAAGAUGCCCAGCAUGAGCUUCUCUAAACCAGAUGUCAAAGUUCCAAAGGUUGAUGUAGACCUCAGCCUGCCAAAAGUGGAUGUCACGCUUCCCUCAGCAGAUCUCAGUAUUUGCAAACAAGAUCUCGAAACAGGUGCCAUGGACACAGACAUCAGCAUCUCAGGCCCAGAUGUCCACCUUCCUUCCGGCCAGGCUUCUUUGCAACUGAAAACACCGGAAUUGCAAAUGGAGGGACCUGCGUCACAGAUUGCUCUAGAUAGCACCCAGGUAAAUCUUGAAGGUGUACAAGGCAGGUUUAAAAUGCCCAAGCUACACAUGCCAAAGUUUAAUGUAUCCCUUCCCAAAGGGAAAACAACUGCAGUGGGUGAAUUUGCCUUGCCGUCAGUAGAUGUUGAAGUUACUAAUCCUCAACUGAAAGCUGAUGUGACCCUGCCCUCUGUCGGAGUUGAAGGUGACAUUAAGCUGCCCCAAGAUGAAAUCGAAGCACCGAGCUUGGAAGUAGAAGUUGGAGAGAAGGGAAAAUUCAAAAUGCCAGAUGUCAAGAUGCCCGGUGUCAAAAUACCCAAGGCCAAAACACCACAAGUGGGAGUCAGCCUGCCCAUGGUGGAAGCUGACAUCACCCUUCCCAAAGGCAAGAUCAAGCUACCAGAAGCAGAGGUCUCUGUCAAGGUUCCUGAGGCAGAAGGUAGUGCGGAGACUGGACAAAUGAAAAUUCACAUGCCAAAGUUCAAGAUGCCCAGCAUGGGCUCCUCUAAACCACAUGUCAAAGCUCCCAAAGUUGAUGUAGACCUUAGCCUGCCUAAAGGGGAUGUCACACUUCCCUCAGCAGAUCUCAGUAUUACCAAACCAGAGCUUAAAACAGGUGUCUUGCAGGCAGAUAUUGACAUCUCAAGGCCAGAUGUCCACGUUCCUUCAGGCAAGACUUCAUUGGAACUAAAAGCACCGGAAUUACAAGUAGAGGCACCUKCAGCACAGAUUGCUAUAGAUGGCACUCAAGUAAAGRUGGAAGGUGUGGACAGCAGAUUUAAAAUGCCCAAGUUCCACAUGCCAAAAUUUGGCAUKUCUCAUUCCAAAGGAAAAGCRGCUGCAGAAGGUGAAAUCGCCUUGCCAUCYGUAGAUGUUGAAGUCUCUAAGCCAGAACUGAAAGCUGAUUUGACCCUGCCCUCCGUCGGAGUUGAAGGUGACAUUAAGCUGCCCCAAGCUGAAAUCGAAGCASCGAGCAUGGAUGUUGAGGUUCGAGAGAAGGGAAAAUUCAAAAUGCCAGAUGUCAAGAUGCCCAGCGUCAAAAURCCCAAGGGCAAGACUCCACAAGUCGGAGUCAGCCURCCCAAGGUGGAAGCUGACAUCACCCUUCCCGAAGGCAAGAUCAAGCUACCAGAAGCAGAGGUCUCUGUCAAGGUUCCUGAGGCAGAAGGCAGCGUGGAGAGUGGAGGAAUGAAAAUGCAUAUGCCAAAGUUCAUGAUGCCCAGCAUUGGCUUCUAUACAUCAGAUGUCAAAGGUACCAAAGUUGAUGUAGACCUUAGCCUGCCUAAAGGGGAUGUCACGCUUCCUUCAGCAGAUAUCAGCAUUACCAAACCAGAGCUGAAAACAGGUGUCCUGCAGGCAGAUAUCGACAUCUCAGGGCCAGAUGUCCAUGUUCCUUCAGGCAAGACUUCAUUGAAACUGAAAGCACCAGAAUUACAAGUAGAGGCACCUGCAGCGCAGAUUGCUCUAGAUGGCACUGAGGUAAAGAUGGAAGGUGUGGACAGCAGAUUUAAAAUGCCCAAGUUCCACAUGCCAAAAUUUGGCAUGUCUCGUUCCAAAGGAAAAACAGCUGCAGAAGGUGAACUCGCCUUGCCGUCCAUAGAUGUUGAAGUCACUAAGCCAGAACUGAAAGCUGAUGUGACCCUGCCCUCACUUGAAGCUGAAGGUGAGGUUAAACUGCCGCCGGCAGAGUUUGAAGCACCGAGCUUAGAAGUAGAAGUUGGAGAGAAGGGAAAAUUCAAAAUGCCAGGUGUCAAGAUGCCCAGCGUUAAAAUGCCCAAGGGCAAGACGCCACAAGUCGAAGUCAGCCUGGCUAAGAUGGAAGCCGAUGUCUCACUUUCUAAAGGCAAGAUUGAGUUACCAGAAGCAGAGGUCUCUGUCAAGGUUCCUGAGGGGGAAGGCAGCAUGGAGAGGGAAGGAAUGAAAAUUCACAUGCCAAAGUUCAAGAUGCCCAGCAUGGGCGUCUCUAAACCUGAUGUCAAAGUUCACAAAGUCGAUGUAGAUCUUAGCCUGAUUAAAGGGGAUGUCACCCUUCCCCCAGCAGAUCUCAGCGUUACCAAACCAGAGCUUAAAACAGGUGACCUGAGGACAGACAUCACCAUCUUAGGUCCGGAUAUCGAGGUCCCUUCUGGCCAGGCUUCUUUGGAAGUAAAAGCACCGGAAUUGCAAGUAGAGGCACCUGCAGCGCAGAUUGAUUUAGAUGGCACUGAGGUAAAGAUGGAAGGUGUGGACAGUAGAUUUAAAAUGCCCAAGUUCCACAUGCCAAAAUUUGGCAUAUCUCUUUCCAAAGGAAAAAUGGCUGCAGAAGGUGAACUCGCCUUGCCGUCUGUAGAUGUUGAAGUCUCUAAGCCAGAAAUAAAAGCUGAUUUGACCCUGCCCUCUGUCGGAGUUGAAGGUGACAUUAAGCUGCCCCAAGCUGAAAUCGAAGCACCGAGCAUGGAUGUUGAGGUUGGAGAGAAGGGAAAAUUCAAAAUGCCAGAUGUCAAGAUGCCCAGCGGCAAAAUGCCCAAGAUCAAGACUCCACAAGUGGGGGUCAGCCUGCCCAAAGUAGAAGGGGACGUUACCCUUCCGAAAGGCAAGAUUGAGCUACCAGAAGCAGAGGUCUCUGUCAAGGUUCCAGAGGCUGAAGGCAGCAUGGGGAGUGGAGGAAUGAAAAUUCACAUGCCAAACUUCAAGAUGCCCAGCAUGGGCUUCUCCAAGCCAGAUGUCAAAGGUCCCAAAGUUGAUGUAGACCUUAGCACACCUAAAGUGGAUGCCACGCUUCCUUCAGCAGAUCUCAGGGUUACCAAACCAGAGUUUAAACCAGAUGUCCUGCACGCAGAUAGUGACAUCACAGGGCCAGAUGUCCGCAUUCCUUCAGGUGAAACUUCCUUGGAAUUAAAAGCACCAGAAUUACAAGUAGGGACACCUACAGCACAUAUUGCUCUAGAUGGCACUGAGGUAAAGAUGGAAGGUGUGGACAGUAGAUUUAAAAUGCCCAAGUUCCACAUGCCAAAAUUCGGCAUGUCUCAUUCCAAAGGAAAAGCGGCUGCAGAAGGUGAACUGGUCCUGCCAUCCGUAGAUGUUGAAGUCACUAAGCCAGAACUGAAAGCUGAUGUGACCCUGCCCUCACUUGAAGCUGAAGGUGAGGUUAAAUUGCCGCAGGCAGAAUUUGAAGCACCGAGCUUGGAAGUAGAAGUUGGAGAGAAGGGAAAAUUCAAAAUGCCCGAUGUCAAGAUGCCCAGUGUCAAAAUGCCCAAGGGGAAGGCUCCACAAGUCGAAGUCAGCCUGGCCAAGAUGGAAGCCGAUGUCUCCCUUCCAAAAGGCAAGAUUGAGCUACCACAAGCAGAGGUCUCUGUCAAGGUUCGUGAGGCUGAAGGCAGCGUGGAGAGUGAAGGAAUGAAAAUUCACAUGCCAAAGUUCAAGAUGCCCAGCAUGGGCUUCUCCAAACCAGAUGUCAAAGCUCCCAAAAUUGAUGUAGAUGUUAACCUGCAGAAAAAGGAUGUCACACUUCCCUCACCAGAUCUCAGCAUUACCCAACCAGAGCUGAAAACAGGUCUCCUGCAGGCAGAUAUCAACAUUUCAGGGCCAGAUGUACAUAUUCCUUCAGGCAAGACUUCAUUGGAACUGAAAGCACCAGAAUUACAAGUAGAGGCACCUGCAGCGCAGAUCGCUCUAGAUAGCACUGAGGUAAAGAUGGAAGGUGUGGACAGUAGAUUUAAAAUGCCCAAGUUCCACAUGCCAAAAUUCGGCAUGUCUCAUUCCAAAGGAAAAGUGGCUGCAGAAGGUGAACUGGUCUUGCCGUCCGGAGAUGUUGAAGUCACUAAGCCGGAACUGAAAGUUGAUGUGACCCUGCCCUCACUUGAAGCUGAAGGUGAGGUUAAACUGCCACAGGCAGAAUUUGAAGCACCGAGCUUGGAAGUAGAAGUUGGAGAGAAGGGAAAAUUCAAAAUGCCAGGUGUCAAGAUGCCCAGUGUCAAAAUGCCCAAGGGCAAGACUCCAAAAGUCGGAGUCAGCCUGCCCAAGGUGGAAGCCGAUGUCUCCCUUCCCAAAGGCAAGAUUGAGCUACCAGAAGCAGAAGUCUCUGUCAAGGUUCCAGAGGCUGAAGGCAUCGUGGAGAGUGGAGGAAUGAAAAUUCACAUGCCAAAGUUCAAGAUGCCCAGCACGGGUUUCUCCAAGCAAGAUGUCAAAGGUCCCAAUGUUGAUGUAGACCUCAGCCUGCCUAAAGUGGAUGUCACACUUCCCUCAGCAGAUCUCAGCAUUACCAAACCAGAGCUGAAAACAGGUGUCCUGCAAGCAGAUAUCGAAAUCUCUGGGCCAGAUGUCCACGUUCCUUCAGGCGAGACUUCCUUGGAACUGAAAGCACCAGAAUUACAAGUAGAGGCACCUGCAGCACAGAUCGCUCUAGAUGGCACUGAGGUAAAGAUGGAAGGUGUGGACAGCAGAUUUAAAAUGCCCAAGUUCCACAUGCCAAAAUUCGGCAUGUCUCAUUCCAAAAGAAAGGUGGCUGCAGAAGGUGAACUGGUCUUGCCGUCCGUAGAUGUUGAAGUCACUAAGCCAGAUCUGAAAGUUGAUGUGACCCUGCCCUCACUUGAAGCUGAUGGUGAGGUUGAACUGCCGCAGGCAGAAUUUGAAGCACCAAGCUUGGAAGUAGAAAUUGAAGAGAAGGGAAAAUUCAAAAUGCCCGAUGUCAAGAUGCCCAGCGUCAAAAUGCCCAAGGGGAAGUCUCCACAAGUCGGAGUCAGCCUGCCCAAGGUGGAAGCCGAUGUCUCCCUUCCCAAAGGCAAGAUCGAGCUACCAGCAGCAGAGGUCUCUGUCCAGGUUCCUGGGGGGGAAGGCAGCAUGGAAAGUGAAGGAAUGAAAAUUCACAUGCCAAAGUUCAAGAUGCCCAGCAUGGGCUUCUCUAAACCUGAAUUCAAAGCUUCCAAAGUUGAUGUAGACCUUAGCCUGCCGAAAGGAGAUGUCACGCUUCCCUCAGCAGAUCUCGGCAUUACCAAACCAGAGCUGAAAACAGGUGUCCUGCAAGCAGAUAUUGACAUCAGAGGGCCAGAUGUCCACAUUCCUUCAGGCGAAACUUCCUUAGAAUUGAAAGCACCGGAAUUACAAGUAGAGACACCUACAGCACAGAUUGCUCUAGAUGGCACUGAGGUAAAGAUGGAAGGUGUGGGCAGCAGAUUUAAAAUGCCCAAGUUCCACAUGCCAAAAUUCGGCAUGUCUCAUUCCAAAGGAAAAGCGGCUGCAGAAGGUGAACUUGCCUUGCCGUCCGUAGAUGUUGAAGUCACUAAGCCAGAACUGAAAGCUGAUGUGACCCUGCCCUCACUUGAAGCUGAAGGUGAGGUUAAACUGCCGCAGGCAGAAUUUGAAGCACCGAGCUUGGAAGUAGAAGUUGGAGAGAAGGGAAAAUUCAAAAUGCCAGAUGUCAAGAUCCCCAGCGUCAAAAUGCCCAAGGGGAAGGCUCCACAAGUCGAAGUCAGCCUGCCCAAGGUGGAAGCCGAUGUCUCCCUUCCCAAAGGCAAGAUUGAGCUACCAGAAGCAGAGGUCUCUGUAAAGGUUCCUGAGGCUGAAGGCAGUGUUGAGAGUGAAGGAAUGAAAAUUCACAUGCCAAAGUUCAAGAUGCCCAGCAUGGGCUUCUCCAAACCAGAUUUCAAAGGUCCCAAAGUUGAUGUAGAUGUUAACCUGCUGAAAAAGGAUGUCACGCUUCCCUCAGCAGAUCUCAGCAUUACCCAACCAGAGCUGAAAACAGGUGUCCUGCAGGCACAUAUCAACAUCACAGGGCCAGAAGUCCACAUUCCUUCAGGCAAAACUUCCUUAGAAUUGAAAGCACCGGAAUUACAAGUGGAGGCACCUGCAGCACAGAUUGCUCUAGACGGCACUGAGGUAAAGGUGGAAGGUGCGGACAGGAGAUUUAAGAUGCCCAAGUUUCAUAUGCCAAAGUUUGGUGUGUCACUUCCCAAAGGAAAAGCAACUGCAGAGGGUGAACUGAUCUUGCCGUCCGUAGAUGUUGAAGUUGCUAAACCAGAACUGAAAGCAGAUUUAAAACUGCCCUCCAUCGGAGUUGAAGGUGACCUUAAACUGCACCAAGCUGAAAUUGAAGCACCGAGCUUGGAUGUAGAGGUUGGAGAGAAGGGAAAAUUCAAAAUGCCCGAUGUCAAGAUGCCCAGCGGCAAAAUGCCCAAGAGCAAAACGCCACAAGUAGGAGUCAGCCUGCCCAAAGUAGAAGCUGACGUCACCCUUCCCAAAGGCAAGGUUGAGCUACCAGAAGCAGAGGUCUCUGUCAAGGUUCCUGAGGCUGAAGGCAUCGUGGAGAGUGGAGGAAUGAAAAUUCACAUGCCAAAGUUCAAGAUGCCCAGCAUGGGCUUCUCCAAGCCAGAUGUCAAAGGUUCCAAAGUUGAUGUAGACCUUAACCUGCCUAAAGUGGAUGUCACGCUUCCCUCAGCAGAUCUCAGCAUUACAAAACCAGAGCUGAAAACAGGUGUCCUGCAAGCAGAUAUCGACAUCUCAGGGCCAGAUGUCCACGUUCCUUCAGGCGAGACUUCCUUGGAACUKAAAGCACCAGAAUUACAAAUAGAGACACCUGCAGSACAGAUYGCUCUAGAUGGCACUGAGGUAAAGAUGGAAGGUGUGGASAGYAGAUUUAAAAUGCCCAAGUUCCACAUGCCAAAAUUUGGCAUGUCUCGUUCCAAAGGAAAAGCGGCUGCAGAAGGUGAACUCACCUUGCCGUCCAUAGAUGUUGAAGUCACUGGCCCAGAACUGAAAUCUGAUGUGACCCUGCCCUCACUUGAAGCUGAAGGCGAGGUUACACUGCCACAGGCUGAGUUUGAAGCACCGAGCUUGGAAGUAGAAGUUGGAGAGAAGGGAAAAUUCAAAAURCCAGAUGCCAAGAUCCCCAGCRUCAAAAUGCCCAAGGGCAAGACUCCAAAAGCUGGAGUCAGCCUGGCCAAGGUCGAAGCCGAUGUCUCCCUUCCCAAGGGCAAGAUUGAGCUACCAGAAGCAGAAGUCUCUGUCAAGGUUCCUGAGGCAGAAGGCAGCAUGGAGAGUGAAGGAAUUAAAAUUCACAUGCCAAAGUUCAAGAUGCCCAGCAUGGGCUUCUCCAAACCAGAUGUCAAAGGUCCCAAACUUGAUGUCGAUGUUAACCUGCUGAAAGAGGAUGACACACUUCCCUCAGCAGAUCUCAGCAUUACCAAACCAGAGCUGAAAACAGGUGACCUGCAGCCAGACGUCACUGUCUCAAGUCCAGAUAUCAAAAUCCCUUCUGGCCAGAUUUCUUUGGCAGUAAAAGCACCGGAAUUACAAUUGGAGGCACCUGCAGCACAGAUUGCUCUAGAUGGCACUGAUGUAAAGGUGGAAGGUGCGGACAGGAGAUUUAAGAUGCCCAAGUUCCACAUGCCAAAGUUUGGUGUGUCCCUUCCUAAAGGAAAAGCAACUGUAGAGGGUGAAGUCAUCUUGCCCUCCAUAGAUGUUGAAGUCACUAAACCGGAACUGAAAGCUGAUGUGACCCUGCCCUCAGUCGGAGUUGAAGGUGACAUUAAGCUGCCAGAAGCUGAAAUCGAAGCACCGAGCUUGGAAGUAGAGGUUGGAGAGACAGGAAAAUUCAAAAUGCCUGACGUCAAGAUGCCUAGCGUCAAAAUGCCCAAGGGCAAGGCUCCACAAGUGGGAGUCAGCCUACCCAAGGUGACAGCUGAUUUCUCCCUUCCCAAAGCCGAAGUUGAGAUACCAACUACAGAUGUCUCUGUCAGUGUUUUCGAGGCAAAAAGUUCUAUUGAAGAUGGUGAGGCUAAUAUUCAAAUAUCAAAAUUAAAGAUGCCUGGCAUGGACCUCUCCAAACCAGAUGUCAAAGGCCCCAAAAUUGACAUGGAUCUUAGUUUGCCAAAAGUAGAUGCUACACUUCCUGUAGGUGAUGUCAGUAUUACCAAAUCAGCGAUUACAACAGAUGACCUCCAGACAGAUGGGAAAAUUACAAAAAGUCAAACCCUUGAAAAGGACACUGCAGAAAAAGAAAGUAAAUUUAAGAUGCCAAAAUUCAAAUUACCAUCUUUUAGCUGGUCUCCAAAAAAGGAAACAAGUCUUUCUGCUGAUAUUGAUGCAACUUUAGAUGAUUCCUCAAUUGCAGUUUCAACACAGGAACCUGAGUUAACACUCACUGUGGAAGAACCUUCAGGUCAAAUUGGAGAACUGGAGGCUCAUAUGUCUCUUGAUAAGGAUAGUGAGAAAAGCAAAGUCCGAAAGCCUCAGUUUAGCAUGCCAAAAAUAUCUCUUCCAAAAAUGAAGGGUCACAAAGCUGAAGCAUCUCUACCACAAUUGGAGACUGACAUGACAGUAUCUAUAUCUGAGGAAGAAGGAGAGGUUUCACUGCAAAUGUCAGAAAAAGAAGUAACUCCUAGUGAUGUUAGAAAAGGCAUUAAAAUGUCCAAAGUCAAACUCCCAAGUUUAGAACUUUCAAAACCAGAAAUUAAAGCUCCCAAAAUGGAUACUGAGGCAAGCUUAACUAAAAGUGAUGUCCAAGUUCCUGCACUUGAUAUUGGUCUUUCUGAACAAGUACCAGGUGAUGUUAGUGAUGACAUUAGUAAAUCAGCAGCACAAAUUAAAGUUCCUAUGGUUAAAGGUCCUGAUGUAAGUUUGGAGAGACCAUCCACUGAAAUAUCAGUAGAUGGAGCAGAGAUAAGAAGUGUCACUAUUGAUGGGAAGAUUAAAAGGUCAAAAUUCCAAAUGCCAAAGUUUGGAAUUUCAUUCCCUAAAGGAAAAGUUCCAGAAACUGGUAUCAGUCUGCCGUCUGAGAGUAUUGAUGUUCCCCAGUUGAAAACAACAACAGAUAUUGGUGAUAUAGCAAUGGAAGCUCCAACAUGUGAAGCUGAGUAUGAGAUCACUUGUACAGAAAAAAAGAUUUUGGAAGAGAAUAUAAAAAUUUCCCAAAUUCCUACAGGUGACUUGAAGACAGCUGUGGACAUCAAAAUGCCAUCUGAAGGGUUUUCUAUGGCACACCCAGAGAGAGAGACUCAAUAUUCAGAUGCUACUGAAACGAAACCCGAGAAAGAGAUGAAGAUUGGAAGCUUAGAUGCAGAACAGAAAGAAGGAAAUUUCAAAAUGCCAAAAUUCAAGUUGCCAUCAUUUAACUGGUCCCCUAAAAAAGAAGCAACAAUUAAAACAAAUAUAAAAGAAUCUCUAGAAGAACCUAAACUUACUGCAUAUACAGAUGCAGAACUAAAAAUAGUUCUGUCACAAGAUCAAGAAGUCCAGAUGGAUGAAGAUGCUGAAUCAUCUAUCAAAAAAAGUCAAGUGAAAAGGUCUCAUUUUAUGAUGCCCAAAAUCUCUCUCACUAAGACCAGGAUAGCAAAAUCGCAGGAUAAAGUAGAGACAGAUAUUACUGUGGAAAGAGGGGGUGAUUUGGUACAAAUACCUGACAUAGAAAGCAGUUUUACCACAAAGAAAGAAGAAGAAAUGGAAAUAAGCAUCAAAAUGCCAAAAGGCAUAUCAAAAUCUGAACUGAAAGCUUCCCACGUAGAUACAGACAUUACCUUAUCCAAAGGUAGUAUUGAGGUAUCCACAAUAGAUAGUUCAUCCGAAAUGAAGAGUUCUGAAAAGGGCUUAGAAGGUGAUAUAGUUGUAGAAAGAGCAAGUGGAACAAUUGAAGACAAGGAGGGGAAGAUUAGGUUGCCAAAACUCCAAAUGCCAAAAUUUGGAAUUGCAGUUACUACACAAGAAUGGCCAGAGAGUGGCAUCACCUCAACAGAAAUGGAAGCCGAAGUACCUCAAAAGCAACUUACAAUAGAAACAGAUGGAUUUAGUGGAGACAUUCCAACUUUAGAAGUUAAAACUGAUGCCAGUGACGUAAAGGUUUCAGCUGGAAAAAUUAAAAUGGCACAAACUGCCAGAGGCGAGAUCAAAGCAUCUGACUCAUCUGUUGUCAGUCCUGAUGAAAAGGAUGUAAAAUCCCAAGGAGAACUUGAAGCUAAAUCUGGAGAAGUUCAGACUGAGGAUUCACAGGGUUGGUUUAAAAUGCCAAAAUUCAGGAUGCCUUCAUUUGGUAGAUCAAAAGGCAAAAAAAGUGAUAUUGAAGUUGAAGACAGCACUGGCAAAGCUCCAAUUGCUGAAGGAGAAGUUGAAAUAUCAGCUUCUGAAGUUGAAAUACAAUCUGCCCACGUGGAUACAGAAUCAUGUGCUGGAAAGAAUCUUUUUGAAGGCAAAGUAAUUUUUCUUCAAGAGGAGAUGGCUGACAGUGGAAUUUCAGUACAGAAAGAAAAGGAAUCUGAUGUUGGCCUAUUAGAUGAAGCCAGACUUUCACAACUCUCUGGAAAAGCAGACCAUAAACUAACUGCUCUUGGGACGAGAAUCACUGAAGAAGAUUUUGAAAUAAUAGACUUCCCAAUAGAGGGUUUUGAACAAGAUGUACUCACAGAAGACAAAGUGAAAGUAGAAGAUACAGAUGGGUUGAGUAAAGCCAAAGCAUCCAAAUUUAAGAUGCCAAAAUUUGGCAACCUGCGUACCAAAUCAAAAGUUUCAGAGGUUCUUACUGAGCCAGCCAAGAUGGAGAUUGAGGUGUUACCAGGGAAAACCAAAGAUGUGACAUUAGACAUUCAGACUCAAAGAAUUGAAUGUUCUGCUGAUAUAAAAACAGAUUUUUCAGAAGAACCAAUAGACUUUAUAGAUAAACACUUCGAAGAUUCUGAACAAAGUUUCCAUAUUACCAAAUUUAAAAUGCCCAAGUUUACAUACAGAACAUCUACAGUGGAAGAACAAAUUUUGCCUUCAGAAGGGAUGGUAGAUAAGAAAUCUACUGAAAUUGAUACUGAUGGUGCACUUCAACCAGAAUUCAGAACUACAUUACUUGAAGAGAAAAUAGACGGCAAAGGCAGUGUCCAAACAUCAAAAGUCAGGAUUACAACAUUAUCUGAACCUACCAUUCAAAGAACGCACAUGGAAUGCAAACUCCCUUCUACAGAGUCUUCUUUUGCAGAAACAACAACACACAUCAAGAGGCCAACAGAAUUCAGUUGUGGAUUUCCUGCAGAGAUAACACAAACCACAGAUGGCAAAAUCCAAAAAUCAAUUGCCAAAAUUAGCACAGUAAUGGAGCCAGAUAUUCGGACAACACAACUUGAAAUUAAACUUCCAUCAGAUGAAUCAUUUAUCUCAAGUAAAACAUUGCAUAUGCAAGAAUCCUACAAAGAGAGCAAAGAGAUUAAAAUAGUAAGUAAAUCUGAAUUUAGUAAGGCUGAUGAGGAGGAAUCUUUCUCCACUCAAAUAGUGAGAGAAUCUGAGAUUCCACCUUCAGAAGUUAAAACUGCUGCCUAUGGGUUUUCUCUUCUCAAAGUGAAAAUCCAGGAAUCACAUGUGACUGUAGAUAAACCAGUCAAAAUAUCUUCAACUGAUAUGACUGAAACAUUUGAAAGUAAAGAUCACCAGCUAUCCGAUGAAAGUUCAGAACAACCAACACAAAAGACUGGUUUCACUGAAAUGAAGUUAUCUCACAAAGGCGAAGACAGUGGAUUUACUGAAGGCCUGUCUUCUACUACUACACUGACAAAAGUGAAAGCAUUCACCGUUGAAGUACAAUCUUCCAGUGACUUUUCAGAGAGCCAUCAUGAUAAGCAACCAGAAGAGAUGUCUGAAUCUGCUGUAGCAGUUACAGAAGAAACUAAAAUUGUAGGUACUGAAGCAGAGCCAACUGAUCAAAAAGAAAAAUCUGAUAGUAAGAGGUCACCUGGCCGGUUUAAAUUUUGGUUUCAAAAUAUUGGGUAUUCAUCCUCUGCUGAUGAUGCAACCUCAGAUUCCAAACCUGAAGAUCAAAAAUCAUUGCCGGAACCCGAGCCUGAUCCAUCAUCCACAUCGGACAGUGAGUCUUCCAAACAAACUGAGAAAGCUGGGUGGUUUAGACUUCCCAAGUUAGGUUUUUCAUCUCCAACAAAAAAGAGCAAGGAAACUAGCAAAGAAGAAGAUCUAGAUCCAACAGAAAAAAAACAGGAUGAUGAAAGUCCAACAGAAAAAGCAGAAACGUUUUUUGAUGCACAAGAAACCUUAUCACCUAAAGAUACAAUUACAGAGAAAGAAGAAGGAGACAUCUCAGGAGCCUUACCUUGUGAGCCCAUUGUUUCAUCUUCAGCAAGAACCGAACUGAUCCUGCUAGAGAAAGAGAAAGCUACACUCCAAAGCAUUCCAGAAGAGGCAUCAAAAUAAGCUGGUCCUCCUCCGCAAUUUAAAAACAUACUCAAACGGAAAGAAGUUAAAAAGCAAACAGUUUUGAAACACCAGAAAAUACAUUGCCUUCUUUGUAACAUACAGAAAGAAUACAUUAAAUUACAAGGAUCAAACAAAUUUUGUAUAUUCCAUUUGUGUUUACAAGUUAAUACAUAGAUAAAUAGUUCCUAAGAAAGAGAUCUGUUGUGUGAGACAUGUGUAUAAAAAACAAGAACAGACAAGCAAAACUACUGAUAAAAAGAAACCAACAAUGAUCCUUUCUGCUUUUCAUGGAAUAACAUUUUCUUUAAACCAGUCUGGAGGAAGAAAAAAAUUGGACAUUAAACGUCAAUAAUCAAAGAAUGAUUUGUUUUAGGUUAUUUUCAGAAAAUAGAAGAAGCUAGCGCUGGAAAAAUUAGUAUCAUGUUUCCUUUUUUAAAGUUUAUUUUUCUAACUGUAUUUCUGCUGCUAUCAUAUGAAAGAAUAUAUAUUUUCAUUAUAUUUGAACAAUAGGUAUAUUGCAGGAUCAUUUUAAACAUAGACCAAAUGGAAAUAGUACUAUCAAUGUUAAGCAUCUAGUCUACAAUCCAGUUCAUCCAAUGUAUCAGGAGCUAAAGCAAUUUAAUACCAUUUAUACUUGCAUCAGCAUACCUAUCUAUUAUAUCCCUGAAAUGGUAAUAUUAUAAUCCCGUAUUUUCUGAUGUUCUGGCACAGCUGUAGUAACCUGUUCUGACCACUUAUAUACCAGGAAAGCACAUCUAAAGGCUGUUUCUGAAAUGUCUUUUCAUUGUCAGCAAUCUUCAUACCAGUGUCUUAAGCUCUGGGUCAGUCAGUGUGCCUUUUGGAGUUUUCUGCAUUAUACAUGUCACACUCAAAAAUAAUGCCUGCACUUACAUCCAAUUUAUAAUAAAAAAUUACGGUAUUUGCUGCUGUGGUUAAAGCCACUGCAGAUGUUUUUAGGAUUCUGUACUGAGGAGCCAAAAGUUGAAUCCAGUAUAUGGCAAGAUAUGUACAUGGUUAGCUUUUCACAGGCUGGAAGAAACUAAGGCCUCUUCCAAACUGCCCCUAUGCCCCAGGAUCUGAUCCCAGAUUAUCAUCUUAUCCCAGAUUAUCUGACAUUGGAGACUCAUAUAAUCCAAUUUAAAUCAGACAAUGGCCCCAACACACUGAAACAUUUUCCACUUUUACAGUGAAGGCAUCCCACAGACAGAUCAUGCAAUAACUUAAAAUAAGGUGUAUAUAAUAAUUUAAACUUCUGAAAGCAGCGAAAAUUUAGCUACUUCCUGCUUUCUUGGAUUUCUCAUUAGGUACAGAAAAGUCGUUUAAAAAAUAAUACAACUUCACAGGAAAAUACAGUUUGCUUUCAAUGUGUGUGCUUAUAUAAAUAUAUUAUCAAUUGUCAAUAGCCAUAUUCACUUAUAGACAAACUUUUGUGAAUGCAACCCCUGAGCGCUUUUUUUGUGCCCAUCUCCUCCGUGGUAAAGAUAAUUUUCUCUCAUAUCAGGUAGAGUUCAGAAAUUGAGAUAUUUCUAAUCCACAUCACUAUAGGCCAUGCUGAAUAAAGAAUUUUACAAACCAUUUCAGGUACAAAUAUGUGGUUACAACUAGAUAAUAACUUAUACAAGCCUAAAUACAGGCACUGGGCAGACUAGAUUUUUGUUUUCUGUCAGUGUGCUUGGAAUAACCUUGACACAAAUGCACCAGCCCAUUCAAAAGUGUCAUUCAUUGACAUCAGUCUUAAGACAAGGGUUUUAAGAUUUCAAUAAAAAGAACUUUCUGAACCAGACUUUAUCAUCAGAAAAGGAGUCCCAUUCAGUGGGCAUGAAGUGGCUUAAGAUCAGUUACUUCAGUGUGACUGGAAAUUCACAUGUAAAUUAAAAAUAUCGAACCAGGAGUUUAAUCUAAGGUGUGUAUACGGGAAGGAGCCUAUGCAAGUACAGUAGUUUUAAAGCUUUCCUAGAAAUAUAAGUUGUAAAUAGUUAUCAUUUGCCUUUUAGAUGAUUUUUAAAAAUGCUUCUUGCAAGUACGCAGCCAACGAGGUAGUACAUACCUGUUUAAAUAUUGUGCUUAUGUAAUGACAAGAAUGUCUAAUGUAUCCUGGGUUAUCCUCCUGAUGUGGAAAUAAAAACAUUAUCAACAGAA